AUGGGUUAUUACUGCUCAAACUACUACGGCUCGAUCCACUGCCACAACACCGUCUCCCGCUUCGGCGACAGAUGCCAUCUCUGCGCGGCAUCAAAAAGAGGCGCGUCCAUCAAGGAGGGUCUCCUCUCGGAAGCCGAGCGAUGGGGAUCGACUACGCCCCGGUCCACCCUUGGCGAUCGCCGGGCCGAGCGGAAUAGCCGGCCGAUCCGGGAUUCGAGAGUGAAGAACUAG